UCGGUGCCUGCACUUAUGCCUGGUGCAGCUCCUUCCCAGCCCUGCUGCCAACCUGCUGCCCGCGCUGCCCCGGAGGAGCCGCAGCCCAGCCCCACGCCGGUGCCCCGGGCCAGGGCAGCCCCCGCCGGUGCUGCGGCCACGCACGGAGCCAGGGCAGAGCAUGGCCCCAGCCCUCCCGCUGCUGCUGCUGCUCUGGCUGUUUGUCCCCACAGUGCUCUCAGAGGUGUUUGGCCCUGGAGAUGGCACAGAGGACCCCAAGGCUCUGCAGGUGUCCAUCCCUCGGCACCCAGCCCUCGAGGCCGUGCUGGCAGGCGACAUCACCAUCCCCUGCCUCAUCACCUACCUUGGCCCCCAGCCCACCGCCGGCACGGGCGGCCGCCGCGCCGUCCUGGGGACACCCCGGGUCAAGUGGACCUUCAUCUCUGAGGGCAGGGAGGUGGAGAUCCUGGUAGCUCGCGGGGACAGGGUGAAGGUGAGCGAGGACUAUCGGCUGCGCGCCUCCCUGCCCAUCUUCCACCAGCGCUACACCAACGCCUCCCUGCUGCUCACCGAGCUGCGCCCCAACGACUCGGGCAUCUACCGCUGCGACGUGCAGCACGGCAUCGAGGACGGCCAUGACAUCCUCCACGUCAAAGUCAAAGGGGUGGUGUUCCACUACCGGGAGGGCUCCAUGCGCUACGCCUACACCUUUGCCGAGGCGCAGGAAGCCUGUGCCAGGAUCGGUGCCAGCAUCGCCACCCCCGAGCAGCUCUACGCCGCCUACCUGGGGGGCUACGAGCAGUGCGACGCCGGCUGGAUCGCCGACCAGACCGUCAGGUACCCCAUCCAGACCCCCCGUGAGGCCUGUUACGGAGACAUGAACGGCUUCCCCGGGGUGAGGAACUAUGGAGUGGUGGACCCGGAGGACAUGUAUGAUGUGUACUGCUACGCUGAGGACCUCCCAGGGGAGAUCUUUUUGGAGACGGCCCCGGACAGGUUCACGCUGGAGGAGGCGGCGCAGCGCUGCCGGGCGCUGGGCGCGGAGCUGGCGAGCCCGGGGCAGCUGUACGCAGCCUGGAACGCGGGGCUGGACGCCUGCAGCCCCGGCUGGCUGGCCGACGGCAGCGUCCGCUACCCCAUCGUCACCCCCCGGGAGCGCUGCGGCGGGGCUCUGCCCGGCGUCAAAACCAUCUUCCUCUUCCGCAACCAGACGGGAUUCCCCGAUGCCCAGAGCAGAUACGAUGCCUACUGCUUCCGAGAAGUGACAAACUCUUUCCCUGAGGCUGCAGGAAAAUACCAAGGCCAAGAGCCCGAGGAGAAUCUCCUCCAGGAGAUUGUCACAGUGGCAGAAAAGCUGGAGGAGCUGCAGCUGCCCCGAGCGCACGUGGAGCUCGAGUCGCGAGGGGCGAUUUACGCCGUCCCUUUCUUUGAGGACCCUGACCUGGGCAAGCCGAGCCAGUCCCCUGAAGACACCCUGGGGCCAGGGGCCCGGCACCCCCCCCUAGUUACCUCCGUGUCCUCAGAGGAGGAGCAGGGAGCAGCGCCGGGCGGGGGCCCUGGCAGCGCAUCGGCGGAGAGCCCGGGCGGAGGGCGACACCCGGGCCAGCCCACGGAGCCAGAGGGACCCACCGGUGCCCCAGCAGGUGACACGGAGCCUCCCGAGGGCUUUCCUCGUCCGCCCAGCCCCGCCGCCCCCGCAGAGCGCCCGGACCGUCCGCGGGACGCCUUGGGGCGGCCGGCCCACCCUGCCAGCCCUGGGCCACCCGGGCACAGAAUGACAUCGCCAACCGGUGCCGCUUCUGCCACCUCGACAGAGAGCCGAGAAGCCGCUGGAAGCCCCCGCCGCGGGCACAAGUCCGGCGGGGCGAGCACCCCCUUUUCUGCCGCGGAGGACGCCGAGCUCUCCGGAGACGUGGUGGAAAGCCCUGGGGCAUCCCCGCUGCCUGCCGCGCCCUCGCAGCCGCAGGAGGAGGGAGAGGAGCAGUCGGGAGCCGUGUGGAUCCCCUCGCCCGCGGCCCCGGGGGAGCGGAGCACUGUCCCCGCAGUGACACCGUGGCACGCAGAGCUGCCCGGCAGCAGCAGCGCACCGGCCCCGGCAGGAGAGGAGGCUGCACCGCCGCCGCCGGGCACAGACCGAGGGAUGCCUGCUGCGGCUUCCGAGGAAGAGGAGGAGGAGGAGGAAGAGCGACCUGCUCCCUCCGUUGCCACCGUGGAGGGUUUCCUUGCAGCCGUUCCGGGAGAAGCAGGUGGCUGUGUCCCCAACCCCUGCCUGAACGGAGGGACCUGCGUGGAGGACGGCGCCCAGCUCACCUGCCUGUGCCUGCCUGGCUACGGAGGCAGCAGCUGUGAGAGACCCCUGCGGAGGUGCAGCCCCGGCUGGGACAGUUUCCAGGGCGCCUGCUACAGGCACUUCUCCACCCGGAGGAGCUGGGAGGAUGCAGAGAGCCAGUGCAGGCACUACGGGGGGCACCUGGCCACCAUCCUGACCCCCGAGGAGCAGGACUUCAUCAAUGACCAGUACAGGGAGUACCAGUGGAUCGGCCUGAACGACCGCACCAUCGAGGGGGAUUUCCAGUGGUCUGACGGGAGCCCCUUGCUCUACGAGAACUGGCACCCCGGGCAGCCCGACAGCUACUUCCUCUCGGGGGAGAACUGCGUGGUCAUCGUGUGGCACGAUGGGGGCCAGUGGAGCGACGUGCCCUGCAACUACCACCUCUCCUACACCUGCAAGAUGGGGCUGGGUAAGCUGUGCCACCCCAAAGAGGGGCAUCGCCACGGCUGGGAAACGAGUCCUGCCCGCGGCACCCUCAGUCUGUCGGGGCUGGGGGGGUUUGCUGCAAUGUACCGACCCCCCCUGCAGUGCAGUGCGGGCCCCCCCCCGCCCUCAGCAACGCCCUCGCCUUUGGCAAAGCGAAGCAGCGCUACGAGAUCGGCUCCACCGCCCGCUAUCGCUGCCGGCCCGGCCUCGCCCCGCGCCGCUCGCCCGUCAUCCGCUGCCGGGAGGAUGGCACAUGGGAGCCACCCCAGCUGGCCUGCCGUCCUGGUCUGGCUCAGCCCCCCGAGGAGUGAGGGAGCGCCUGGGCUGGCAGGCAGCACCGCCCCAAGCCCCGCGCUGGUGUGGAUGGGGACGGCACUGGGACCUCGGUGUGCGGAGUGAAACCUCGCUGUUGGGUGUCUGCCCCCUUGUGUGUUUGAUAUCUGUACAAAGAAAUCCUAAAAAAUUAAAGAGCCCCUUGAAAGGAGCCUCAAAAUGCAGCAGAACGGGAGUUUUGUCCCCAGAGUCACAGCAGAGCUGAAAUCCAGGGGGACACCACGGGAAGGGGAUGGCACUGAGGUGCCAGCAUCACCCCCAGACACCUUCUCCCACCCUGCUGGGGGUUGACAUGGGGACAUCCAGGCUCUGCUGCAGCUCAGCACCCAUCCAGGGGUGUGGGGGGGAUUCUGCACUUCCCUGGGAAGCAGAAGCUGCUGCAGCAGGCUUGGAGUGGGUACGUGCUGCCCAGACCCCCUCUCUGUGCUUCUGUGGGUAUUAAAACCAAGAAACAGA